AUGGCUUCACCUUUAGACAUGGACAAGUUUCUAGCCAGUUUGGGCAACCUUCCUAGCCAGAUACAGCAAAACCUCAUACUGUUGCAAAACAUCGAUUUAAAAUCGCAAGACCUGAUACGCAACAUAACCAAAGAGACCAACGAUUACCUUAAGAAUCGAAGAUAUUUGACCGACAAAAAAAAGAAAAGAUAUAACAGAAUACAACGUCAGUAUGUGAAAGCAAACGAGUAUGGUGACGAUAAAGUUCAGUUGUCUCUACAGACAUACACGGUGGUGGAUGAUGUAAUAAAAAAGAUGGAUGCAUAUUUAAUGUGGUACGAAGCCAACAAUCAAGUUGCUGCCAUGAACGCCGCCAAAACUAUUGAGGAAACUUCACAAAAAAAAAAACUUACUAAGACCGAGAACAAUGACAUUAAAAAGAAACAAUUAGAUAAAGGAGGUAAAAAAACAAGUGCUGCAUCUCAAAAAGUACAGGAUGUCAAUAUUCCUAAAAAAAAUGCUAAAAGCGGAGUGAUCGGUGUACUGGCUGGCAAAAGAUCUGUACGUCCGGCUGCAGUAAUCGACAUGCCUGUUGAUCCGAAUGAACCAAAGUUUUGUCUGUGUAACCAAGUCUCAUUUGGGCAAAUGAUAGGGUGUGAUAACCCAGAUUGUACUAUUGAAUGGUUCCAUUUUGUUUGCGUAAAAUUGACUACUAAGCCCAAAGGAAAAUGGUUCUGCCCAAAAUGCAAACAGCCAGAAGAAAAGCAGUAA